GCCUAAAUAGGCGAAUUUUGUUUUUGACGCGCCAAUGAGCAAUGUAUGUUUGACGAAGAAGAAACGUCCGAAAUCCGAAUUGAAUGAAGCUUCAAUAAACCCUGAACAUCAUCAUCGUCUGUUUUGUUCAUCAAAAGCGAUCUCCCUUUGUCCAUACCAAUGUUCAAUGCCAGAAGGUGUUAAAGUGAAAGCUCUUAGUUAUCUGGUUGAAAAAUUUCUGGGAAAUCCUCAAGGGUUAUGCGGGAAUGGAAUUGUGCAACCUCAUCUUUAAUUCACCAACAUGCAAAUUAAGUGCCUUCUUUAACGUGGACUUAGAGGCUGGAGUUGCUACAAUAGAUUGUUCUGCUGAAUGCCAGGUCGUGGCAUGUGAAGAUGAUGUGGUUCGUGAACCAUUUAUUGGGAUGGAGUUCGAGUCAGAAGAUGCUGCCAAGGAAUUUUAUGAUGACUAUGCUAGGCGUGUUGGGUUUAUCAUGCGCAUUGAUCAGUGCCGGCGUUCGGAAGUCGACAAGAGAAUCCUUUCACGGCGUCUUUCAUGUAACAAGCAGGGCUAUUAUGUGAAAGUGAAAAACCAUUAUGGACCACCUAGAAAAACACGCACUAGCACACGAGAAGGGUGCAAGGCUAUGAUGUUGGUAAAGGUUAACAAGUCUGAUAAGUGGGUUGUAACGAGAUUUGUGAAAGAGCAUACCCACCCAUUGGUUUCUUCUGUCUGUUCUUCUGGUAAUCCAAUGGAUAAAAAGGACAGGAGAAUCCAAGAACUGUCUAUGGAGUUGGAGCGUCAGGAUAAAUUAUGUGACCUUUACAGAGAGCAGCUAAUUAAUUUUUUGGAAAAUGUUGAGCAGCAGAUGGAGCUUUUGUCGAAGACAAUUCAAGUUGCUGUUAACAAUGUAAAAGAAAUAGAAGCAGAAGUUCAAAAGCCACCAAGUACCCCGUAGCCAUGUCCAACUGAAGCAGCCACUUAGUUUUUCUCUGACGAGCAGCAAUUGUAGGACAGUGCAUCAAGCAGACAAUGGGAGAUUGUUGCCGCAUAGUUCCAUAUUUACAGUGCAUUGGGCAGCUUUGGAGAUUGUUGACGCGGAAAGAACUUACUCACACAUGGUGUUGAUACCAAACAAUAUAGUUUACCAUGGUUGAUGAUAAAAAUGAGGUGACAACAUGUAAACACCGAGUGUGAAUAUUUUUUUUUUUAAUUAGUCAUUUAAUGGGUUAACAGACGUAGUUUGUAGCCUUCUCUGUAAAUAGCUUAACGUACAUAUUUGUAUGCUAUGAGUGUAUGGAAAUCAUGUAUCAGAGUGGAUAUGAGCAGUUACAGUUUCUUGCA